GGCGGCGGGGCCCCGCCCCCCGGGGCAGCGCGGACGGAGGGAGUGAGAAGUGCCGGAGCGGUGCGCGGGGUCCGGGGCGCGGGGCGCGGGAGCCGGAGCCGGAGCCGCGCCAGCCCGGGGGCCGCCGGCGCGAUGCCGCUCGCCCAGCUGGGGGAGCCCUGGCCGCUCGCUGAGCUGCUUCCCCUGGAUGCCGAGAAUGGGCAAAUUCCUGGAGAAGAUGCUGGAAGACUUCUCUCCAAGGCCUCCACAGAUGUCCUGGACGAGAGAGACUGCCUCUGUACCCAGAAGGAUGAAGGCGUUGUCAAAGAGAUCUCUAUCACGCACCACGUCAAGGAGGGCUCAGAAAAGGCCGACCCCUCGCAGUUUGAGCUCCUCAAGGUCCUGGGCCAGGGCUCCUUUGGCAAGGUCUUUCUGGUGAGGAAGAUCCAGCCAGACAUGCGGCACCUCUAUGCCAGGAAGCCGCUCCCAGUGUCUGAGUUGAAAGUUCGGGAUCGAGUCAGGACCAAGAUGGAAAGGGACAUUCUAGCUGACGUCAACCAUCCGUUUGUGGUGAAGCUUCACUAUGCCUUCCAGACGGAGGGGAAGCUCUACCUCAUCUUGGACUUCCUCCGGGGAGGAGACCUCUUCACACGCCUUUCCAAGGAGGUCAUGUUCACGGAAGAAGAUGUGAAGUUCUACUUGGCUGAGCUGGCUCUGGGCCUGGAUCACCUGCACAAGCUGGGGAUCAUUUACCGAGACCUCAAACCCGAGAACAUUCUUCUGGAUGAAGAAGGACACAUCAAACUCACAGAUUUUGGCCUGAGCAAGGAGGCCAUCGACCAUGAGAAGAAAGCCUAUUCCUUCUGUGGGACGGUGGAGUACAUGGCCCCCGAAGUUGUCAACCGACAAGGCCACACGCACAGCGCUGACUGGUGGUCCUAUGGGGUGCUGAUGUUUGAGAUGCUGACGGGCUCCCUGCCCUUCCAGGGGAAAGACCGGAAGGAGACCAUGACACUGAUUCUCAAGGCAAAGCUGGGCAUGCCCCAGUUUCUGAGCACUGAAGCACAAAGCCUCCUUCGAGCUCUGUUCAAGCGGAAUCCUGCCAACAGGCUGGGCUCUGGCACUGAUGGGGCUGAAGAGAUCAAGAGGCAUAUCUUCUACUCCACCAUAGACUGGAACAAACUGUUUCGUCGCGAGAUCAAACCUCCCUUCAAGCCUGCCGUGGCCCAGCCCGAUGACACCUUCUACUUUGACACGGAGUUCACUUCCCGGACACCCAGGGACUCCCCGGGCAUCCCCCCCAGCGCCGGGGCUCACCAGCUCUUCCGAGGCUUCAGCUUCGUGGCUACAGGCUUGAUGGAAGAUGAUGGCAGGUCCAGGCCCCAGGCCCCACUGCACUCGGUGGUCCAGCAACUUCAUGGGAAGAGCUUGGUGUUCAGUGAUGGCUACGUUGUGAAGGAGACCAUCGGGGUUGGCUCUUACUCCGUGUGCAAGCGCUGUAUCCACAAGGCCACCAACAUGGAAUAUGCGGUCAAGGUCAUCGACAAGAGCAAGAGGGACCCCUCAGAGGAGAUUGAGAUCCUUCUGCGCUAUGGGCAACAUCCCAAUAUCAUCACCCUGAAAGAUGUGUAUGACGACGGCAAACACGUGUACCUGGUGACGGAGCUGAUGCGAGGCGGGGAGCUCCUGGACAAGAUCCUCCGGCAGAAGUUCUUCUCGGAACGCGAGGCGAGCUCUGUCCUGCACACGCUCUGCCGGACCAUGGAGUACCUGCACUCCCAGGGGGUAGUCCACAGGGACCUGAAACCCAGCAACAUCCUUUACGUGGAUGAGUCCGGGAACCCCGAGAGCAUCCGCAUUUGUGACUUUGGCUUUGCUAAGCAGCUUCGAGCAGAGAACGGGCUCCUCAUGACUCCCUGCUAUACUGCCAACUUUGUGGCCCCAGAGGUUCCUGAGGCGCCAGGGUUAUGCGAAGGCUGUGACAUCUGGAGUCUGGGCAUCCUUCUCUAUACCAUGCUGGCUGGAUACACUCCCUUUGCAAAUGGGCCCAGUGAUACCCCAGAGGAGAUCCUGACCCGGAUCGGGGGAGGAAAAUUCACUCUCAGUGGCGGAAACUGGGACACGAUUUCAGAAACGGCCAAGGAUCUAGUGUCCAAGAUGCUCCAUGUGGACCCCCACCGACGCCUGACUGCCAAGCAGGUUCUCCAGCACCCGUGGGUCACGCAGAAGGACAAGCUCCCCCAGAGCCAGCUGUCCCAUCAGGACGUGCAGCUAGUGAAGGGUGCCAUGGCUGCCACCUACUCUGCACUGAGCAGUUCCAAGCCCACCCCACAGCUCAAGCCCAUCGAGACGUCCAUCCUGGCCCAGCGACGGGUGAAGAAGCUGCCUUCCACCACACUGUGAGAGAUCUGGGGGCAUGUCGCAGGCCGAGGGGCUGGACCGUCACCACAGACUGCGCGUUUCCCUGAGGAAAUCUGCAUUUAAUCUGCCUGGGCAGGGAACUGGGAACCCGCCAGGUGGGAGCUCCCGGCAAGCCGCCAGCUUGGAUGGGCUCCCCUGGAGCAUGGGGGAGGGAAGAUCGCAAAGUGCCUUUCUGCUCCCAAGCACGGACCAUUCUUGGCAGGGACUUUCCUGACUAGAAACAAUCACUGUACAAACUCUUCUUCUUCUUCUUCUUCUUUUUUUUUUUUUAAAGAAAAAAGGGGGGUGGUGAUCAAUUCUUUUUUCCAGGAUCUGUUUUCAGAAGGAGAGCUGUUAACUCCAGACAGAAGGAGGGCCACAAAACAGGAUGAAGAUUCCCUCCCUCUCUGAGGAAGGGCUCAGCCUCUGUUCCUGAGCCGUGGACUUGUAAGAGCAGAUCGGGGCAUGGAUGUCUGUCUUUGGUGCUUCUGAGAUUGGAGGGUCCCUGCUGCCCGGACACCCAUUCCAGCCUGUCUUCACUUCGGUGCCCUUGGCCUUGCAAUAAAGGGAUUCUUCCCCCAGGAUCCUCUUGGGCCUAGCUCCAAAAAAGGUUACUGAGCUGCUUUCCUUGGCCAGGGGAGCCAGGAGCGGCCCUGCUUAAGGCUGGCUUUAUCCCAGCUGAACAAUUAAAAUGCAGGCUUAAGCCCUCCCCCCACCCCGCCCCACCACCUGCCAGACCGGGGGGUGCCAGGGUCAUGAAAGCACUUUUUGAAUGACUUGAGAUUCACCACUGGACAAAAUUCCCUAGAGCCAAAAUUAUGAAAAUAUGUUGGACUGACGGAAGGAAAGAGAGCUUGGGAUUUGUUUUUGUCUGUUUUUAUAAUUUGUUCCUUGGCCGGUUACUCAGGGUUCAUCUGUCUGUACGCUUUCUAAUAAACUUAUUUCUGAGAUGAGAGACUCUCCCUCUGACACUUCCUCCAGUGAUGCCCCAGCCAGGUCCCUCUCCCAGCAUCAUUAAAGUUUGGAUUCUUUAUACCA